AUGUCGAACCCGAACGCGCUGUAUCUCCUUGCCGACCACAUCAAGCUAUCACUUCUGGAGCGCCAGCGAUCCAAAGCGCUGAACCUUUUGCAAGCCGAUGCAGACGAUGCUGCCGCCACGGGCGACUCGUCAGCCGGCGCAUCCGAGCGCGACGCCCAGGACGGCCACAUUGCGCGGUCACUCGACCAGCUCGAGGAGGGCAUCGCCAGCCUGAAGACCGAACAGGCCCGAUUGGAGAGUCAAGGAGAGGAAGGGAAAGCACUCAAUAUCGGCGAUGCACUGCCCGGCCUCCAGAAGAAACUCACUGAGCUGACGGCCCAGUUCAACGGCACCGCACCCGUCUCGGCGGCCGGCACGUCGUCCUCGAUCAAACCGAAACGCGGCGGCGGCGCCUCCUCCGGAAACACCAACAAGGCCGUCCGCUUCAAGGACAAGCCGCUUCCACCACCUGGCACCGACGGCGACGAUGUCGACCUCGAAGCCCAGCGCAACAGCCUGUUCAACCGGCCCUACACAGACGACCCGGAUGUCGAUGGCAGCCUAGGCGGCGGCUCCCCGUCACUGGAGGGCCGGUACGACGACCAGGACAAUGUGCAGCUGCACCAGAUGCACUCGAGCAUCAUUGCCGACCAGGACGCGCAGCUGGACGCGCUGGGCGUGAGCAUUGGGCGGCAGCGGGAGCUGAGCAUGAUGAUUGGCGACGAGCUGGACAGCCACGUGGCGAUGCUGGAGGAGGGCGAGCGGUUGACGGACCAGCACCAGACGCGGAUUGACCGGGCACGGCGGCAGGUCGGCAAGAUUGCGCGGUCAGCUGGCGAUUGCAAGCAGAUGGUGGCGAUUGUGGUGCUGAUCAUCAUCCUGAUCCUGCUGAUUGCCAUUCUAAAGUGA